AUGGCUUACCAAAUGGACGACGUGGUGGAUAAGUGGAGCACUGCUAUUCUCCAAUUACAGAUCGAGGAAGCUGAAAAUGCUUCCAUGUCUACGAAGAAGGUAUGUGGUCGGGAUAUGGAUAAAGACACCAUAUUAGGCCAUCUUUUGGGUAAGAAUUGUCAACAGAAAUCUGGCCUCUACAUCGUCUCCAUAGUCGGGACAGGAGGCAUGGGCAAAACAACUCUUGCUCAAUUAGCCUACAACCAUACAAAGGUGAAGGCCCAUUUUGAUGAGAGAAUAUGGGUCUGUGUUUCUGAUCCUUUUGAGCCAAUCAGAGUUUGUAGGGCUAUUGUUGAAGCCCUCCAAAAAAAGCCUUGUAAUCUCCAUGAUUUGGAAGCUGUACAACAAGAAAUUCAAACAUGUAUUGCCGGAAAGAAAUUCCUUCUUGUGCUAGAUGAUGUGUGCACUGAAGACUAUCGAUUGUGGGAACAACUGAAGAACACUAUCAAUUGUAGAGCAUCAGGGAGUAGAGUUCUGGCGACCACACGGAAUGAAAGUGUUGUUAAGAUGAUGAGGAUUGCAUACAAGCAUCCAUUGGGGGAACUGUCUCCGGAGCAAUCUUGGGCAUUAUUCCAUCAAAUAACUUUCUUUGAAAAGAGCAGGGAGAAAGUGGAAGAAUUGAAAGCAAUUGGCGAGAAAAUAGCAGACAAAUGCAAGGGCUUGCCACUCGCUAUAAGAACUUUAGGGAAUCUCAUGCGCUUAAACAAUAAAAAGGAAGAAUGGGAGAAUAUAUUGAAUAGUGAAGUAUGGCAGUUAGAUGAGUUUAAGAGAGAUAUUUCCCCUAUUUUGUUAUUGAGUUAUUAUGAUCUGUCUCCUACAAUUAAACGCUACUUCUCAUUUUGUGUUGUUUUUCCAAAAGACUCGGUUAUUGAAAUAGAUAAGUUGAUUAAGUUGUGGAUGGCAUAG